AUGAGUCUCUUCCGCUCGGCAGCCUGCAGAGCCUGCAGAAGCUCAACGAUUCGAUUCCGCCGAGGUUUUGCGACAGCUAGCACCCAGCAGCCCAGCCAGUCAGCCCACGACAACCAUGUGCGGAUUGUUGAGGUCGGGCCUCGGGAUGGACUCCAAAACGAAAAAAUCUCUAUCCCACUCCAUACCAAGAUAGAGCUUAUUGAGCGGCUAGCAAAAACCGGCGUUUCAACAAUUGAAGCCGGGUCCUUUGUCUCGCCAAAAUGGGUUCCCCAGAUGGCGAAUUCGAGCGAGAUCCUGGAACACAUUCUCCAGCAGAAGAUUGCAUCCCCCGUCCCCGUGUCGUACUCCUUCCUGGCGCCGAACCUCAAGGGUCUCGAGAACGCAGCUGGUCUGCUGAGGCAAAACCCAGGGGCGUUUGCGACCCAGCUCAGCCCUGCGGCCGAGGGCGAGAAGGUCUCGACGCCGGAGAUUGAGGUGGCGGUGUUCGCGGCGGCGACGGAGAGCUUCUCCCAGAGGAACCUGAACUGUGACAUACAGACCUCCCUCGAGCGGUUCAAGGCGGUGAUCCAGGACUCCAAGGCCAUCGGUCUACGCGUGCGAGCCUACAUCUCCGUGGUGCUGGGGUGCCCCUUUGAGGGGUUCGAUGUCGACCCUCACAGGGUGGCUGAGAUUGCCGCGGACCUGCUGGAGUCUGGCGCGGAUGAGAUAUCGCUGGGCGACACGACGGGCAUGGGCACGGCGCCGCGGACGAGCAACCUGCUCAAGUGCCUGACGGCUGCGGGGAUCCGGACCGAGGACACGGCCAUGCACUUUCACGACACGUAUGGGCAGGCCCUUGUCAACACGGCCGUGUCGUUGGAGCACGGGAUCCGGACGUUUGAUAGCAGCGUGGGCGGGCUGGGUGGUUGCCCGUACAGCCCUGGGGCAACGGGCAAUGUUGCCACCGAGAACAUGGUAUAUUUCUUGGAGACUCUGGGGAUGAAUACGGGCUUAGCCACCAUGUCAGACCCCCGUGAGCCGGCGUCAUACUCGGUUGUGCCGAGACUUCGGUACAACACCGUUGGCGGUAUCAACGGCCCUCUGGUUAUUCUUGAGAAUGUCAAAAACCCCAAGUACAACGAGAUUGUCACCCUCACUCUGGGCGAUGGCACACAACGAUCCGGUCAGGUUCUGGAGGCUCGAGGUGACCGAGCUGUUGUCCAGGUCUUCGAAGGAACUUCUGGUAUCGACGUGAAGAAGACCAAUGUCGAGUUCACAGGACAGAGCUUGAAGCUCGGUGUCUCAGAGGACAUGCUUGGCCGAGUCUUCGAUGGAUCUGGUCGAGCCAUGGACAAGGGCCCCAAGGUCUUGGCUGAGGAUUACAUUGAUAUCAACGGAAGCCCUAUUAACCCAUUCUCCCGAGAAUACCCCGAGGAAAUGAUUUCGACUGGUAUCUCCGCCAUUGACACCAUGAACUCAAUUGCCCGUGGCCAGAAGAUCCCUAUUUUCUCCUCAGCUGGUCUGCCUCACAACGAAAUUGCCGCCCAGAUUUGUCGACAGGCAGGUCUUGUCAAGAAGCACGGUGUCACCAACAAGGGUGUUCAUGAUGGCCACGAGGACAACUUCUCCAUCGUCUUCGGUGCCAUGGGUGUUAACUUGGAAACCGCCCGUUUCUUCACCAACGAUUUCAAGCAGAACGGCAGUCUGGAGCGUACCACACUGUUUGUUAACAUUGCUAGCGAUCCUACCAUCGAACGUAUCAUCACACCUCGUCUUGCUCUGACGACGGCUGAAUACUACGCCUACCAGCUCGAGAAGCACGUCCUGGUCAUUCUUACUGACUUGUCUUCUUACUGCGAUGCCCUCCGUGAGGUCUCGGCGGCCCGUGAAGAAGUCCCAGGUCGACGUGGUUACCCCGGUUACAUGUACACUGAUUUGUCGACCAUCUACGAGCGUGCUGGACGUGUGACUGGCCGCAAUGGCUCCAUCACCCAGAUCCCAAUUCUGACCAUGCCCAACGAGGAUAUCACUCACCCUAUUCCUGAUCUCACUGGUUAUAUUACUGAGGGACAGAUCUUCGUCGAUCGUCCCAUGUACAACCGCGGUAUCUACCCCCCCAUCAACGUGCUUCCAUCGCUGUCGCGUCUGAUGAAGUCUGCCAUUGGUGAGGGUAUGACUCGUCGUGACCACGGUGAUGUUUCCAACCAGUUGUACGCCAAGUACGCCAUCGGUCGUGAUGCCGCUGCCAUGAAGGCCGUGGUGGGUGAGGAAGCUCUGUCAAACGAAGACAAGCUCUCUCUCGAGUUCCUGGACAAGUUCGAGCGUCAAUUCAUUAGCCAGGGUGCCUACGAAUCUCGCAGCAUUUUCGAGUCUCUUGAUUUGGCAUGGAGCCUCCUCCGUAUCUACCCCAAGGAGCUUCUCAACCGUAUCCCCGCCAAGAUCCUCAACGAGUACUACCAGCGUGCCCAGAAGGAGGCCAAGUCAAAGGGAAAGCAGAAGGCUGCCGCUGACGCCACAAGCCAGCAGCAGGCCGAGGGAAACCUGGUUGAAGUGUAA